CGCUGCAACAGUUACAAGGACCAUGAGCACAGCAACAAAGAUACCCUGGCAGGCAACACCAGCAACAACAAGGCACGCCUCACAAUGUUCCUGUCAACGCACACAAACACUCCUCACAAACACUGAGUGUCAAAAGCAAGAGCACUGUAAUUUUCACUUGCAAAGGCCUGUCAGGGACAACCAAUUUACACACAGUCAAGAUGAGAGAGGCUGUCAUUCACCACAAGUCUCCAUGGAAACAUGUCAAGCAGCAGAAACUCACUGCAUUUGUCCUAAUGUACACCAGGCAUCUUGCAGCCCUGCACUUGGGAGCAAGAUGGUUGUCAAGAGGGUUCCAAUUGGUGCACAUUGCACGUCCUUAAACGUUCUAUUAUGCUGCUUUCAGGUCAUUCUCAUUCCAUGCCUCGAAUGCAAGAGGGGGGCACCUGCGUCCAUUAACCGUUGGGACAAACAGCAGGCACCCACCACGAUGAAUGAAACAAUUCGCCGAGCUCUGCACACGUACUGCCGCCCUCGUAAGAGGAGCUUCAAGCACUGCCAAAAGCAUUUUGCAUUGCAGGAAAAGGCCCGCAAUAAAAAGUGUUCCCUCCCUCGUGAUGCCCAGAGCAUCCUGAAAAUUUCACCCAAAUCUGCUAUGCUGCAGCCACCACCACUGUUUCUCCACACCGAUCCUAAUAUAGCAAGCUUACUAAUUGUCUCCCUCCAUCGACAGCGGUCAGUCAGACAGCUAAGAAAAACGCCAAGACACAUCAAGCAGAUUCUGACACCCAAGCAUACUAUUCCCCUUAUCCUUGGGGCAAGAUUACACCAAAAGCAAACUUCCACGACACUCUCCUAGCAGUGCUCAAUGGCAUAUUUAUCUGCCACAUAAGAAAUCUAGAGAAAACCUAAUAUGUUGCAGCCUCGCCUCAACACAAGCUCAUUUGUAACACAGCUGCUCUCAACACCGGCCCUCGUUCGUUGCAGGAGCAUGGUGGCUCCUGGC